ACAAAAAAGAAACAAAUAAACAGAAAGAAAGAAAAAUUGUGCUAAAAGUGUGAAUUGGUUUCAAUUGUGAAAAUCCAAGAGAAAAGAAAAGUUUCAGAAUCGAAAAGCUAUGUCCGGUUCUACGGCAUCAGCGCGUAAUAAACACUCGAAAGGCAAUCUGAAACAUAAUAAUAAUAAAAACAAGAACAACGAUGAACCGAUCGAUAUAACCAAGGACGAAUUUGAACGUAUACGCGAGGCUCUCGGUAAGGAGGAAUUUCGCAAGCUCUUCUUUGAAUACGUCGACGAGAUUCAGGAUCCGGCGAAUCGUAAAAUCUACGAGGACGAGAUAACCCAAUUGGAAAAGGAGCGCGGAGUAGAGGUUACUUUUAUACAUCCUCAACCGGGUUUUGUGGUCAAGACAUCGAUCGACGGGGAACAGAAAUGUUUCAUCAAUAUAGCCGGCUCACCGGAAAUUGCUCGUCCCGAGAGCAAAUUGGACAUCAAUCCGGAUACCGGAGAUCGUGGUCUAAGUUGGUCCAUACCGAUGGCCCAAACGGCAUCGCGUGAUGAUUGCGAUGCAAAGAAUCAACAAUGCAAAGUCUUUGAUGUCGUAUUCCAUCCAGAUGCCCUGCAUUUGGGACAGAAGAAUUCGCAAUUCCGGAAAUGUCUGAUUGACACUGCGCUGGACGCUGUGGAGCGUGAAUAUGAGGUCAAUUUGGAUCGCACUAAUCUCAAAUAUCCAAAAUUGGAUUACAAGGGUAUUGCCCGUCCCACUGUGAUAAGGAAAUUGUCCAAGAAUCCCACGGACGAAGAGUUGGAGCCUCAUCCGCUGGAGCAUUCAUUUCCCACGAAACCGACUGCCGGCGAAGGCGAGCCAAAAGUAUUGCCCAUGAAAGUGCAAAAGGAGCAGCCAAAGGCUCCCAAAUUCACCGAACCCAAGUAUUCCAUUAAGUAUAGCCAUGAUGUGGAUCUGUCUGAAUAUACGAAUGAAUUAGAUGCCAAGCUCCAAGUGACCAAACCGCGAGCUCUAGUUGUAGAAAUUGAAUUGCCUUUGUUGCGUUCCACUGCCGAGUGUGAAUUGGAUGUGACCUCCAAGUCCAUCUAUCUGUUGAGUGAACGAGCCGGAGCCAAAUAUAGAUUGAAAUUGGAUUUACCCUAUACCGUGGAUGAUAAGUCCGGACGUGCCCGUUUCGAUACGGACAAGAGGCGUCUGAAUAUUCAUUUGCCGGUGAUCCGUUCAAAUGAGCCUAAUCUUCGCCUGCUUAGUCGUGAGGAUAGCGGCGUUGAGUUGCAUUCCAAUAGCGAAUCACCUGUAGAAGAGGAGGAAGAUGGCGAAGAUGAAAUCGAAGCGGAAGAGGAAGAGGAGGAAGUGAAGACGAAAGUAAAGCCAACUUCUAAUCCCCCGUCAUUCCUUAAGAGCUCUCUACACUAUCAAUUGCCCGGAAAAUUCGAUUGUAAUCUUUUGGAUAAUUGCAUGGCCUUCACUUUGCAUGUGGCCAAUGUACAACCAGAUUCCAUUGAAUAUGUCCAGGAGAAGAGAAGUCUUCAUUUACAAUUCGCAUCCAUGGGCAAUGGCUAUUAUCCCACUCAUUAUGCCUUCUAUGUGGCUUUGCCGGCCAAGGAAUCGCAACUAAUCAUUGAGAAUGUCGAGGCUGAAGCUUGGGAUAAUAAUGUGAUCCUAAAACUUGAUCUAAAUAAGUCUAGUGAAUCUAUCGAGAGUUAUCUAGCUGGUCUAGAUGAUCAGGAUUUGCAAGAUUAUGCCAUACAUGGUCAAUUCAAGGCCUUGAAGGAGGCUCCUGUCCAAGAGGACAAACCAGGGGACAUUCAAUUUAAGCGAAAUGAUCAAGAACCUUCUCUAGAAAUCACCGUAAGCGGUCUAAAUGCUGUGGAGCAGCAAGAACGCGAGGAAGGUGAGAUUGAGGAGGCGGAGGAGCAGCAGCAUAAGAAGUCCGCCUCUAAGAAGCAACGCGGUAAACGCAAUAAAAAGGAACGUUCCCUAUCCGAAUCCGCUUGUGUGUCUCUUCCCACAUCUGUGGAUAGCCAACCGAUGGCCACUUUGAAGCUGCCACAGCGCAAGCAGCGCAGCUUUUCCGAGUGCCAUGAGCAGCAGCAUCAUCAUCAUCGUGGAAUCUUAAAACGUUUCAGUCGCUACGAUGGCAACGAUAGUUGCUCCUCAAUAGACGACUGCUCAUCAUCCUAUCCCUGCUCGGUGGAGGCUUCACGUUCAUUCGGUGGCAUACCCGAGGAGGAUUCAUCGCUCUCUGAGAGCUGCAAGAAGACUGUUAGAUUUAAUGAUCACAUCAUGAAGCAAGUGUUCAGAUUGGACUCGAGCAUUUUGGGCCAACGCAAGAAGAACCAGAAGCGUCGCGAUUGCAAAUUGCGUGCUCAACAACGGCGUCUAAGUGAGGGCGAUUCGGCUGACUAUGAGGAGUCGACCGCCAACAAGACCCAAUAUUGCAAGUAUAACAAGAAGCAUCAUCAUCAUCAUGACAGCGGCUUGGAUUUGACUCGUCACAACAAAAAGCGAGAGCUGGCGGAAGAGGCGGAUAACAAGAACUCCCUAAUGUUUGAAAUGGACGACGAUGAUGAUGAUGAGGAUGAAGAUUUAAUCUAAGCAAUUUUCGUUCCUUUAUUUCAUUCAUCGUUUUGUCGUCUUACAAGAGGCAUGAUAUUUUUUUUUUUGAAACUACUUUUACACCAUAAACACACACACAUACA